AUGUUUCAAAGAAGUGAAACCGUGAAAAAAUUGUUGGAUUUAUUCCCCGGGAAACGGCUGGGGCCGUACAGGUUCCUACCUGUCUUCUUCUGCAUCGGCGGAAUCAUGGAGUGGAUCAUGAUAAAUGUUAGAAUAGGAAGCGAAACUUUCUACGAUGUCUACCGACGGAAACAAUCAGAGCGAUCAUACCAGCAGAAGAUAGGAGAUGGCCUGUCAGUUCUCAAUCAGCCUGCAGCCAAGUGA